UUUUCUUUUAGGUCACCAGUGAUGAGCGAAUGGGCUUUAAUUAGAUAAGUGGGCUCAACUUUAGGCCCAAUAAAUGAACCUUCUGCUUGUUUUCUUCCGGGUUUCAAGAAUGGAGAAGGUCAAAUUCGAUGGAUGGGAAUAUGAGGCGGUUACCGCCGUGGAUGCUCACCGGCGCGUCAUCCAGUGUAGGAGCUACAAGCAAUAUAACAGACAACAAAAGUGCGGUGGUCAAAAUAAAAGAUGAAGCAGAAGAACAUCCAAAGACCAAGAAGAAGCGUAAAACUCGUGAAGAAAGAGAUGACUCAGAGGAACACAAAAAGGUGGAGAUCAGGAAAAGAGGAGUUCGUAGGAAAAUCAAAGAAGAAGAGGUUAAGCCUAAAAUUGACGAUGAUGGUAAGAGUCCCAAGAUUAUUCAAUCCUUAACCUGUCCAGAAGCAGAUGAGGAGGAUUUCACAGUUGAUGAUUUAUUAAGCUUUGCUCAAGAGUAUAUCAAACGUGAAGUAGACAAGGCAAGAGAGAUUCAGACAAGCUUGUCAACAUCUGGAUCAAAUAUGAUAUCAUCUCAAGGAGAAACAAAUGGAACAAGAGAUCCAACAUCAGAUGACAUGAUUAAUUUGCUGUUAGGUCCUUUUUUCAAAAAAUCUGGCACUAAUUAAAAACAUGGAUUGAAUUAGAGUACUGGGUUCAGAAUAGAUAUUUUUAGCUACUUUUGAGAUUUUCGUUUUUAUCUUUCCGGUAUGUUUUUUUCCCUGCUGUUGAACAUUAUGAAACACGGAGGAAAAAUAGAUUUUGAGUUGAGGAAGAUGAUAAAUGUUAGAGCAACUGAGUUCAUAAGCCGAUGGAAAACGGCAGACGAAAGCAUUAGUGCUCUGUGUCGAUUUUGGCAGCUAAAAGGACCGAAAGCACUAUUUUGUCAAGCGCAUCAGUGACGUGCUGCCUUUUUUUUUAAAAAACACUCAACUAUACAAAAACACAACUUAGAUUCAUA